UAUAUAUAUAUCCUUUUAGUUUGUUCUCAACUAAAUAUAUAUUCAAUAGCUUCAUCUUUACUAGUACCUAAGUACUAAACAAUGUCUAUGCAUUCAUCGUCACCAGGUUUCUUUAAGAUACUUGUACACAACAAGUUCAAAAAAGAAUUGAUGAUUCCCAAGAGUUUUGUGAGAAAAUAUUGGGAAGGGAUAUCAAAUCCUAUAAUACUAAAGCUACCAAAUAAUAGGGAAGAAGAAGUAUAUUGGAGUCAGAGGAAAAAAAAUGAAAUUUGGUUGCAAAAUGGUUGGGAUGAAGUUGUGAAAUUAUGUCACUUGGAAUAUGAAUUUUUGUUAACAUUUGAAUACAAAGAAAGAUCAUGCUUUGAACUCAAAGUAUAUGAUAAGAGUGCUUCACAAAUAAACUACCAUUCAGAUUGUGGAGUUCAUGAAAAUAAUCAUGAUUAUAUUGUUGUUGAUGAUCAUGUUCAAAGGGAACCAAAGGCAAAGAAGAGAACCAACAAAGCAGGAAUUAGAAAAAGCAUGCUCAAUAAUGUUAGGGAGAAAAUAGAGAUGGCUGAAGCCUUAUCUACAAAGCUGAAAAAUCCUUCUUUUUUUCUUGUUCUGAAGCCUUCAUAUGUUCAUGGCAAUGCUAAUCUGGUGCAUAUACCAUCUUCAUUUUCCAGACAAUACUUAAAUGGAUUAAAAGGAAGUGGCACGAUUUGGGUUAGUGACGAUGAAGACUCGAAUUGGUCCAUUAAUUACAAUUUUUCUAAUAUUAGAAAACGAACUACAAUCCAUGGUGGUUGGAACAAAUUUUGCAAGGAAAAUAAGCUACAAGUUGGUGAUGUUUGUGUCUUUGAAAUGAUGACUCAAGUCAACCCCCAUUCCUUCAAAAUUCACAUCAUUCCAGUCACACAACAACCACCACCAACUCCUCCUCAUCAAUUUCAAGCUGAUCAACAAAAAGAUAAUGAUAAAGUUAUUAGAAAGAGAAAAAGAAACAAUAGGGUUUCAGGAAGAUCUCCACAGUGUCACGUGCUUCAGAAAUCUGAAAGUCCCAAUAGGCAGAGUUAUAAUAAAUUCGAGCUUCGAAUAUCAAAAUCUAAAUUAAAGCAAUUCACUUCAUCAGUAUUCGUACCCAUACCAAAGAAAUUUAUUCGCAGGAAUGAAAUAUGUCUUGGGAAAAAUGUGACACUUAAAUAUGGACAAGAAUCGUGGAUUGUGAAAGUGGUGAAUGGUGGAUCGUUUAGCAAAGGUUGGAUCCAGUUUGCAACAGAAUGCAAAUUAGUUGUUGGAGACAUUUGUCGAUUUAAACUGAGUGACCGUAAAAAUUUAGUGUUCCAUGUUUCCAUUUUUAAGGAGCAUCGCUCAUGAAAAUGAAAAAUCAUGAGAUCUUGUUAAUGUUGUCUUUAUAUAUUUUAAGUCAUGGGGAGAAUCUUUUGUAUUUUGUAGUAAUUAUCAAAUGGAUUGUAUGGAGAAUCUUGGUAUUUCAUUUCAUAUAUAUUGACUAUUUCUUUUCAUUU